UUCGGGCUCUGCGCGGUGUUCGCCUCCACGUCGGGCUGAGACACCUUCAAGCAAGCUUCUCACUCCAAGGCAUCAGGAGCCACAGUGCCACCAUGUGGCAGAAGUCGAUGCUGCUCCUUCUGGGCUAUCUGCUGCUGUCCAGCUGCUUCGUGGAUGCUGGCUCUGAUGAAUACUCUGAUGAAUCUGAUGAUGGUUGUGGGAUCUUGGAUGCCCUUCCAUAUAUGGUGGUAGGAGGAGAUCUAGAACUCACUGGAAACUUGGGGUUCAAGAGAGUCACUGAAUGCUUGGACAAGUUCAGUGACUUGCCCAGGGUCACUGACAGCAAGGAGGGGUCAGAGGGAGGAGGGUUAUUGGCUUUUGGCCUCCCAGCAUUGGGGUUCACAGGUGCUGGCAUAGCUGCCAAUUCUGUGGCCUCAACCCUGAUGAGUUGGUCAGCAGUGAUAAAUGGUGGUGGUGUGCCAGCUGGUGGGUUUGUGGCUACCCUACAAAGCCUUGGAGCUGGGAUGAGCAGCACGGCCUUGGCUGGUGUGGGAGCCAAGGUUGGCUAUGAGAUCCAUCAGAAUUUUGUGUGCCAAAAGAAGGAGAAGUCUGGAGAAUUAGAGGGGUGAGUAGGAUGGAGCAUCUGCCAGCAACUCUGACCAGCCAAUCAGAGGACAGAUGAAUCUUGAUGACCAGAGACCGUGGUGAUGGGCUCAGAAUUCUGGAUGAAUACACUGAAUAAAUCUGUUCACCCAAAA